GAAAACAUUGGCAUAACUGCUGUGCCAUCUAUUCAUGCCAAAGCACUGACCAAACAACCUUUUGUCACUGAAAGUGCGAAGUGUUGUCUUAAACAAUGUAAGAAAUCUUUGUCAAUUUAACGUCUCUAUCCAUUUCAAGUUGAUUUAUUUUAAUGCCAAAGAAAAGCUUCUUAAGUAAUUUAGUUCAUCUAUAUUUCCUCAAGACGCUGAAGAAUGCAAAGAGGAGGAUGCAGAGUUUCAUGUCAAGCAAAACUCCUUGUACUUCCAUGUGGUGUGGUGAGAUUUAUGUGGAAAGUCUGCCAUGUGAACCAGAAGAGGAAAACAUCACAAGUCAAGCAGCGAGUCAAGAUGCACUGGUCAGCUUGACACCAGUUGAAAAAAAAGAGUCAGAUACUGUCACUGAGCUAUAUGAAUCGGUAAGAGGCUUUUAUUAA